CUCCUCGACGUCCUCACACGCCUCACCUCACCUCACCUCACCGCCGUCUCCUUCCUCGUCUCGUCUCGUGGCGUCGCCCAAAAAUCCCGAGUCCAAAGCCACGCACGCAGCUCAAAACCCCACCGCCACCACACCCUCUGAUCCGACGGCCCAGAUCGCUCCCCCCCUAAUUCCCGCCUUGCCCCCUCCUCCCCAUGUCGCCGCCGGUGGCCGGCGCCGCCUCCUCCGGCGACGGGCCGCCGGGGCGCCCGCCGCGCGAGCUCUACACCAUCCCUGCCUCCUCGGGUUGGUUCCAGUGGGAUGAGAUCCACGAGACGGAGCGGCGGGCGCUGCCGGAGUUCUUCGGCGGCGCCGGGGGGAGCGGGUUCGGGACGGCGUCGCGGAACCCGCGGAUCUACAGGGAGUACCGCGACUACAUCAUCAGCAGGUACCGCGAGGACACCUCCCGCCGCCUCACCUUCACCGAGGUCCGCAAGGCGCUCGUCGGCGACGUCACGCUCCUCCGGAAGCUCUUCGCCUUCCUCGACUCCUCGGGCCUCAUCAACUUCUCCGCCUCCCCCUCCCGCCCCGAGGCGCAGCAGCAGCAGCGGCAGACGGAGGCGGAGGCCGUCGUGGAGGCGCCCGUGGGGCUGCAGGUGACGCCACGGCCGCCGCCGUCGUACUUCGCGGAGGAGAAGGGAGGAGGGGGCAACGAGAACGGAUUCCGUUUGCCGCCGCUGACCUCGUAUAGUGAUGUAUUUGGAGAGUGGGCGCCUGGGAUGGCGCCUAUAUGUGGGCUCUGUGGCAUGGAGUGCAGAGACGGGAAUGCCCAAAUAUUGAAGGAUGGUUUUAAAGUAUGCUCAAAAUGUUAUGCCAAUAAUGAUAAUAAGGGUGAAGCAAAUAUACAUCCAGGUGACAAAAAGGAGCGGAUCGACAAUCAUUCUUCUAGUGCAUGGACAGAUGCAGAAACUCUCCUUCUCUUGGAAGGUGUACUAAAACAUGGAGAUGACUGGGAUCUCAUCGCCCAGCAUGUCCGCACAAAGAAUAAAUCAGAAUGCAUUGCAAGGCUAAUUCAGUUGCCUUUUGGUGAACAUAUGCUGGGCACAGUAAAUGGUAAAUUGGAUAACAGACUCCAUAAAAUCCAAACAACCGAUGGAAAAGUGAACAAGUCCACUGUGAAGGAGUCUUCAAGUCAACCAACUGAAACAGUUGAUGACAUGCAGAUUGAUGGAAAUGAAGAUGGCGCUGAUAAAUCUGUUGAAGAACAUCCUACAAAACAUAGACGGUUGUUUUCUUCAAUAGAUAUCACUGUCUCAUUAAUGGAGCAGUUAGCGCAUCUUACCACAUCGACAAGCCCAGAUGUUGUUGCUGCAGCUGCUGAUGCCGCAAUUAAAGCACUGGGUAAUGAAAACCCCCAAGCAAGGAGAGCUUUUCAACUCAGUGAGAAAGAGUACCAAACCAGGGCAUUCUCUUCUAACCAUGCCCGGCAGAGUGAUGAUGUUGGUGGUGGUGAUCGGGAUGUAGAAAUGCACGGGCACCCAGAUAAAAAGCAGGGGAAGAUGUUUAUUUCUACCACAUAUCAAGUAAGGGCAGCUGUUGCUACGUCCAUAGGUGUAGCUGCUGCCCGUGCUAAAAUGCUUGCAGACCAGGAAGAACGGGAAAUGGAGCUCCUAAUGGCGUCCAUAAUAGAAACUCAGCUAAAAAAGAUCCAAUACAAGAUCAAACACUUUGAGGAGCUAGAGUUGAUCAUGGAUCAGGAAUACGCUACUCUACAGCAAAUGAAGUCUUCCCUUGUCGAUGAAUGGCAAAAGGUCCUCAAGCGAGCAUUUGAGACUGGAGUACCAAUAUCGAGGGAUGAAGUGCUUAUAAAGUUGUUCCAAAACAAAGCAACGGGGCACGAGCUGCCGGAGCGGGAGAAGGAGGCGUACGGGCGGUCCCGCGCGUGCAGGCUCGCGCUCAUCGACCAAGCCGUCGCGCGCAAGAAGCCGCCGCUCAACGCCUUCAAGCCUCACCCCGAGCACAAGUCGAAGCUUAUAUGCAAUAUUACUGGGGACAUUAUAAACAAGUCGGAGGAACACAUCUGGAAGCACAUCAAUGGGAAGAGGUUCCUCAACAAACUAGAAAAACUAGAAGAAAAGAUGGCAUCAGGUGAAAUGGCCGAAGGUGAAGCUGAACAGUCAAAUGAAGGGGAAAAUAAAACCAAGUCAAGGAAGAAGAAGGACAAGAAGAAAGCUGCUGUUGUUAACCCUUCUUUGCCACGAGAACCUAAACCAGAGAUUGAUGAUUCAGAUAAUUCUGAUGAUCCAGAUUUCUGGGUGCCUCCUGUUGGAAGUCGUUGGGAUGAUGAUGAUGGAAAAGACCGAUGGACCUCCUCUCCAGUGAAGGAUAAGGAUGAUGCAGCAGAGGAUGAAGAUGGUGAUGACGAUGGUGAUGACAUGGCUGACAAGGAUGACAAGGAGACAAGAGAAAUUGCUUCAAGCAGGACAAAGCGACUGUCAGUAGAAGCAGUUGGCCCAAGUAGCUUCGCUUCAAGGAAGAAAAAAACCAAAAAGGAGCAGUAAAGGUUGGUCCACAGCUUAUCAUCGAGUUCAAUGAAGAACUUAUUUGAUCUUUCUGUGUGGACGAACAAAGUCCAUCUUUGAUUCCUCUUGGCUGGCUAGUCAGGUGCGGGUUUUGUAUUAAUUGGUUUGCUUUUAGUUAGUGCUUCUCUGUGUAGCCCUAUCGCUGCACCUUUCAGUGGUAUACUAUUGCAUGACAAUUCUCUAUACUUGCAUUAGUUAAUUCCUGUGAUUUUGAUGUGAGAAUGAACUGUGCUACUUGUCCUAUAUUUAUUCUUGCUAUAUAACUUCAUAUGUUUCUUUUGUAUUA